AUGAAGAUUUCGAUUGUCCUUAUCAUGGCCUCUGCCGGCGUCGCUCUAGCGCAUCCUACGUUCCUCGACAAGCACAAAAGUCCAGCCUCCACCGAUGAGCAGAAGAGCAGUGCCUGCCCUAACAAGCUCUACAGCGUUCCUUCAUGCUGCUCCAAUAAGAUUCUGGAUAUCUCACAGGGAGGCUGCAGUAACCCAUCUGGUGCACAUAAUGGGACUGUCUUAAAGAGCAGCUGCGGCGCCCAGAUGCCUCUAUGCUGUGGUAUACAUGGUGCCCUUACGGGUGCGCUCUGUGUCGAUCCCAUUGGUGUUUAG